AGGUGCAGAUUCAUUCCAAAAAUCUUGGAGUGAAUCUACGGCGUCCCGUACAAUAUUUUCUUUUAACAAGAAUGUUGUUACGCGUAGGCGACAUCCUUCUACGGAUAUCAAUAUUGUUAGGUUUACAAGUCCAAUUGCUUGUUUUUAUUUUGGGAGGCGAGGAAAAUAUAUUCGGAGGUUUUUCGUUUAAAUCCCUCUCAUUGUCCUCUUGCUCAGUGCAGCGCUUGAGAAGACCUGGUUGUGGAUUCGAGCCCCCAAAACUUCGUUUCUAUUCUUCUUCUCUUGUAACUGUGUAACCAUGAGCCAAGCAAAGAUAAGUCGUCAUCCUGAGGUGAAAUGGGCCCAGAGGACGGACAAAGUUUAUGUUACUAUACAAUUGCCUGAUUCUAAAAAUGCAGAUGUAAAACUUGAGCCUGAAGGGAAAUUAUCCUUUUCAGCUACUACUGGACCUGAAAAUGCACCAUUUGAAUUCAAUUUUGAUCUUUUUGACAAAGUGGAUGUAGAGGCAAGCAAGAUUAAUGUGGGCUUGAGGAAUAUUUUUUGUUGUAUUGAGAAAGCAGAAAAGGGAUGGUGGAAAAGGUUGUUGAAGGCUGAAGGAAAGACACCACAAUACAUAAAAGUUGACUGGGAUAAAUGGGUUGAUGAGGAUGAAGAGGAUGAAAAACCUGGCGACGCUGAUUUUGGCGGCAUGGACUUUUCAGGUAUGGGAGGCAUGGGAGGCAUGGGAGGCAUGGGAGGUAUGGGUGGCAUGGGAGGCAUGGGAGGCAUGGGUGGCUUGGGAGGCAUGGAAGGCAUGGGUGGCUUGGCAGGCAUGGGAGGCAUGGGAGGCAUGGGUGGCUUGGCAGGCAUGGGAGGCAUGAGUGGCUUGGCAGGCAUGGGAGGCAUGGGUGGUUUGGGAGGCAUGGGUGGCUUGGAAGGCAUGGGCGGUGAUGAGCCUGAUAGUGAUGAUGAAGAUCAAGAUGCUUCAAAGGAAGAUUCUUCUCUGGCAGAAGCUUCAAAGUCAGAAUCUGUUGUAGAAGAACCUGCAAAGCCAUGAUGAAAAACUAGGAGGGAACAUUGAGUGGAAGCAAAUAGUUUCCCAGUAAGCGGGCGACUUUUGUAAUUUUUCUGCACAUGUUCGCGGAAAAUCAUAGAGGAUUGCUGGUUUAUGGUAGUAAUGAUUUUUCAGCUCUAAUUAUUUAACUUGAUCAGGAGCAUAUAUUGGCUGGAGGAAUUUUUAUAGUACGUUGAUGAGCACUUUAAUUUGAACAUUUUGAGUUUUGCAAUGCAUGCAGAAAAUUGUGACUUUCCACUAAUGAUAAUGGGUGUAUUUCACUGAUUUCAUUUAGUGACUGUUUUGGAGAUGCAACUAAAUUUUUUAUUAUUAA